GUUUCGACGAGAUAUUCGCGAAGAUUUGCAGUUUGCGGGGCAACGAGCGAGUUAUCUAUAAAUAAAACGAUAGCUUAUCAACGUUCGUUUACACGAGAACGAGUACUGGCUAUUGAAUCUAAUCGCCACGCCUCUAUACUAAUAAUUAAUAACAAUUUCGUGAGGACGUCACUUAGUGUUUCAUUGAAUGCGAUAGCGGCACAACGUUUAUGAAUAAAGUGGUUCUUAUGUGAUAAAGACGUUAUUUCUAUCUAGAUUUGCAAGAUAAAUCGGUUUUAAAAAUAUCUAGACAUUGAAUAAGUGUAACCUAACUUUUGAAUACUAUAUAAGUGAACUUUUGAAAUGUCUGUCUUAAAUAACUUUACUGUGUCUGUUGCUAAAGGAUUGAGACGUCUCAGACAGAAACAGGAGCUUCGAGAAGUAGCCCCCAGUGCGUCCAGGAAGCGAGGCAACACAGCCGCUCAGGAGGAUGCCAAACUCAACAUGGAGAAAUGCCUCAUCGUGUCCAAAGUUACCAGAUACGAGUAUGAAAGACAUAGUCACGAGAAUCUAUCAGAAAGUGAGUUAGAAAAGGUGCUGAGGAAGCGAGGGUCUGAUUACGACUCCAUGGUGUCGGUACACAAGAGGCAGAAGGCGUUUGAGGAAAAUGUAGCGAAGAGUCUCAGGGAUAUGGGGUUGAAAGUGGAAAUGGCUAGCAGGUUAACUUAUAAAGAGGAUCUCAUAAAGUGGUGCGACAUGGUGGUCCCCUGCGGUGGGGAUGGCACCUUCCUUCUAGCGGCUUCUAGAGUAAGAGACGCAAAUAAACCAGUGAUAGGGUUCAACAGUUCACCACAUAAGUCAGUGGGACGCCUCUGCCUGCCAACCUGGUGUUCCAACGAUGUCAAGGGUGCAUUUCAAGCGCUUAAGGAGGGCCGUUUCAGAUGGAUGCGCCGCUCGAGGAUACGCACCACUAUAACCAGCGAACAGAAGUUAAUUGACACCAUCACGCCCAUCGAUCUACAUACGCUACAUUAUUGCAGAUAUCCGCCCGUUCGGGAUGCUCUCGACGUGUCAGACGCCUACAAUCUGAACUCACGAAAGAACCCCGCCGAUACAAAGGAAGAAGUCAGUUCGACACUCGCUACUAAAGUACUGCCUUUUUUGGCGUUAAAUGAGGUAUUCAUAGGCGAGAGCGUGACGUCCCGCGUGUCACUGCUGCGGCUGCAGAUCGACGACGGCGCCUGGUCGCACACCAAGAGCUCCGGCCUCUGCGUCACUACCGGCACCGGCAGCACCUCGUGGCACUUCAGUAUAAACUGCCUCCGCACCCACUCCGUGCAAGAGCUGAUGAGGAUCCUAUCAGAGGAGUACGGAGUAGCUCUCAACACCACGCUGGAGAAAGCCAGAGAAGUUACCGAGAAAUAUAAUCAGAAACUCAUGUUUGCACCAGAUUCAGAUCAAUUAGCGUAUUCCGUUCGUGAGUAUAUAACUUUCGAGGAAUGGCCUAGGCCGCGAGGUCUCAAGGUCAGGGACAGAGCGAGCUCCGUCAAGGUCAAAUCGCACUGCACUGAUGCAGGUCUAGUUAUCGACGGCAGCGUAUCUUUUCCCUUCAACGAUGGCACGGAAGCCAUUUUGGAAAUUCACCCUGAAGACUCCUUAAUGACGGUCCAGAUGGAUGAACAUUGACGAAAAAUAACUUUAAUAUAAAGUUAGACAUUUUGAAAAUUGACGUAAUACCUACUUUAGGUGUAACAUCGUCUUAGGUGAAGAGGUUAUUUCGACCUAUAAGGCUUUGUCUGUCAACCUUGCUUGUGAAUCACUAUAUCUGUUAGUGAAAUGAAAAUCGGCGCAAUAGUUUUGGAGUUUAUCGCGAAAGUACAGACACGGCGGAUGACUUUCUCCUACAUUAUGUAGUAGUAGCAAAUGCCUUAAUUAUAAUAUUAGCUAAUUAGCAGAUUUGUAGUAAAAAUGUAAUAAAUAAGUUUUAUAUUGUCAGUGUGAGAGAGUAUUUUUGUCAUAUACUUUCCUAAAACUGGUUUGGCGAUAAAAAGCUAAAAAAUGGCUUUCGAGUUAUAUAAAAUUGAAUGAAACCUAUUCCAUUUAGUUCCAAAUAUCCUAUGUUUUAUAUACUUCCAAUAUAAAUAAAUAUUCCUAACAUCACAUAUCAAUAGAAAAGACUACACUUUUGAUUAUACCUUAGUACCUCUUUUCCAAUGAAUUCCAGUAAUAGGUACAUCAAAAAACUGAGUAUUUCUCAAUAUUUCCACUGAAUUUUUAAUAUGUAUAUCUAAAUAAAUAUCUGCCUUGUAAAAAUAUAUUUUAAACUACCAAGCUGGUUUAAGUACCUAAAUAUUACAUUUGAAUGAUAUUUUGUAGGUACUUCAUAGCUCAUAAUAUAUUAUACUAUAUUUCUAUAAAUUAUCACAAUGCUUUGGUUAGUAAAUUAUGACUAUUAUUAGUAAUUUUAGGGCCGAUUUUUCAAUAUAACUUCUAUUUGAAAAUUAAAUAUAGUGGUUUAUCUGACUAGCCGUUUUCCGCGGUUUUACCGGAAUAAAAUAUAGCCUAUAUUACUCGCAGAUAAUGUAGCUUUCUAAUGGCGAAAUAAUUUUUAAAAUCGCCUAGUAGUUUUUGAGUUGGUUGGUAUAGACUGAAAAAUUGGCUCUUAUCUCGUAGUCUAAUAGGUUAUUAAAACUAAAUUAUCUAUGUUACGACAACCUUAUAUAUGGCUAAAUAAAUAUUUAUAUGAUAAAAUUCAAGGUUUAAAUAAAACCUUUUUUAAAUAAACUUUUACUUUAAAAAAGAAAAGUAUUCUAACUGAAACCUGAAUGCCUGAAAAUUCUGUGAUUAUCUUAAUAUGGCACUUAAUUAGUUUGUUUUUAUUUUAAUGAUUUUUUUUAUGUUUUUGUAAAUAAUAAGCAUAAUUAUUGUUAAGACUGACGGCUUGUAGAUUAAGUUUUAAAAUUAAUUUUGUUUGUGUUUUUAUCGUUCGCACAGAUACCUACCAUUAAUAAAUUAAUGUAUCAAUGAAAAUUCACUAUAUUGAUUCUAUGAGUGAAAUGGUUAUAUAUAAUUAUCGUAAUUUAUUGGUAAAAUAGUUACAUAUUCGUGUUUCAAUCGAUUAUAAUAUUUGUUUUGUAACUUCAUAAUUACAACUUUGUCUUGACCCUAAGAGCGGUUUUACCCGCAUCCUGUGGGAAUUACUUCGCACUCCCGAAUAAAAAGUACCUUUGCUUUUCAAAUUGGACCAGUUAUUACUAAAAUAGCAAAUUCUUCAGUUUUAUAAUAUUAGUAUAGAUUAUGUCAUGUCUAUUAGCUGAAACGCACGCGUAAUUUUUAACCGACUUCCCAAAAAGGAGGAGGUUCUCAAUUCGGCCGGUAUGUUUUUUUUUUGGUAUCAAGUAUUUGUACAUUAUUUAUGCUCUUAUUUUAUACGUUAUUGUAUACAUGGAGAUUGUUAGAUUGGCGAAUAUAUACAUACAGUUAUAAAA